UGUAUUAUAUAGCGCUUUGGAUAAAAGCGCUAUAUAAAUGCAGUCCAUAUUAGCUUUACAUUAGCGUGUCAACCACCCCUCUGCAAUCCAUUCCAAUGGCUACGCCUCCACCCACCCCGGGACCGCAAAUGGUUAAUUUCUGCAGCACAACCCCAGCCCUCCAGCCCCAAGUUAAGUUCCAACAGCUUCAAACACUGAUAAAGCUGGCAACCCUAGAAUGGGUCAAACACAAUAACUCUUCCUCCUAUUCUUCCUCUUAAUGGAACAACCCCCUUUUUCUUCUUUAAAUACAGCAGAUAUGGAUCACUGGAAUUUAUUUAACCAGAAUACCUUAUUAGAAGUCAGUGAAAUGAUUGGACACUGGUGGGAUGCCUCAUUUGUAGGGCCACCAUUUUGUCUCCACCGCAUGACCUGCUGGAAUUUAAACUUGUAUUUCAAUGGUUAUAAUCCAGGGGUCCCCAUUGGCACUCCAACAACACAGUCAAGUGAUUAAUCCUACAAUAAUUGAGUUUAUAAUUGAGAAAUGUAUUUUUUUAAAAUAAUAAGUUGAUCUAAUUGGUGAACAUGGAUGUAACAUAGUUUAAAUGCUGCGAAAAGCAUGUCUUUCAGCCAACGGUCCUGGUCCUGGAGGUCUGCUGGCUUUUGUUGUUGCUAAGCACUUCAGUAGCACAGCAAUUGAUCACUUAAAGCAGUUGUUUAUACAAUUAAUUCAGGUCACCUGGUUUAUUGGGUCUGAAUCAGUCACUGAUCUAAAAAACCAACUGACUCUGUGGCUCUCCAGGACCAGGACUGAGUAUCAUUGCAGUAAAAAUAAAAAUGCUUCCAUAAAAAGCAGGUUUUUGUUUUAGCCCAGCACUUCGGCACCUAAUUCUACAUGAGGUCUUGAUGGAAGACCAUGGUUAGUUAAUUAGUUGACUCAUGAAUUUAUUUAUUUUUCAAACUUUUUGUGCAAGUUAAAUGCUACAUAAAUACUCUCAUUUUUAACUUGCUUCUAACAAAACCUAACAUGCCCCUACUGUAGCAUGUCCACAGUGAUUGCUGUGUCUAGACAAAGGGCGAAGAGUGAGGAACGAAGGAAGACGGGAUGAAGAUGGAAAGGGAGACCGCUGAAAGGCCAUUGGAGGAGAGGGGCCAGUGGGGGAGUAAGGUGGAGUUCCUCCUGGCGGUGGCGGGGGACGUAGUGGGGCUGGGAAAUGUGUGGAGGUUCCCAUACCUCUGCUACAAGAACGGCGGCGGAGCGUUCCUUGUGCCGUAUUUGCUCUUUGCGGUGACCUGUGGGAUACCCCUGUUCCUGCUGGAGACUGCCAUGGGACAGUACACCCAGGAGGGGGGCGUCACCUGCUGGAGGAAACUGUGCCCAUUGGCUGAGGGAAUUGGCUAUGCGGGCCAGAUGAUCCUUUUUUACGCCUGCAUGUGUUAUAUUGUCAUCCUGGCCUGGGCUCUCUUCUACCUCUACUUCUCCUUCAGCUCACAUCUGCCCUGGGCCAGCUGCUCAAACACCUGGAACUCAGAUCACUGUGUGGACCUUUCCAACAAAAACCUCAACACAAACUGGACCCAACAGCCCAACAACUCAUCCUCUGCAGCCACCGAGUUUUGGGAGAGACGUGUGCUGGCGAUCUCGGGGGGCAUUGAGGAGGUGGGCAGUCUGAGGUGGGAGGUGCUUCUGUGCCUCAUCAUCAUGUGGGUCAUCUGCUACUUCUGCAUCUGGAAGGGGGUGAAGUCUACAGGCAAGGUGGUUUAUUUCACUGCUACUUUCCCAUACCUGAUGCUUUUGGUGUUGCUGAUACGAGGGCUAACUCUACCUGGAGCUCUGCAGGGGGUGGUGUUCUACCUGUACCCUGACCCCUCCCACCUGACAGAUCCACAGGUGUGGAUGGAGGCAGGAUCUCAGAUCAUCUUCUCCUACAGUCUUGGAGCGGGAACUCUGACUGUGCUGGGUAGCUACAACACAUAUAACAACAACUGCUACAAGGACUGUUUGUGGCUGUGCCUGCUGAACAGCGGGACCAGUGUAGUGGCGGGAUUCGCGGUCUUUUCUGUGCUGGGGUUCAUGGCACAUGAGCAGGGCGUCGCCAUUGAGGAAGUGGCAGAAUCAGGACCUGGUCUGGCAUUCAUUGCGUACCCCCAAGCAGUAGCAAUGAUGCCCCUACCUCAGCUGUGGGCCGUGUGUUUCUUCAUUAUGAUCAUCCUGCUGGGCCUGGACACACAGUUUGUGGCGAUGGAGGGGGUGAUGACAACAAUGAAGGACCUGUUUCCAACGGUGCUGCGGAGGGCCGGGCACAGAGAGAUCUUCCUCCUGCUCUUCUGCCUCACCUGCUUUGUCUUGCAGCUGGUGAUGGUCACACAGGGGGGGAUGUAUGUGUUCCAGCUCUACGACUACUAUGCCAUUAACGGGGCCUGUGUAUUCUUCCUGUGCGUGUUCAAGGUCCUGGCCAUGGGCUGGCUGUUUGGGGCGGAGCGCAUGGUCGAUGUGAUUGAGGACAUGACCGGGGAGCGUCCCUGCCUCAUCUUUAAGCUCUGCUGGCUCUACAUCACACCGCUGGUGACCCUGGGAUCCUUCAUCUUCUCUGUGGUGGAGUACCAGCCCCUGACCUUUAAUCGCUGGUAUGUGUACCCAGACUGGGCGUACGUGCUGGGCUGGCUGCUGGCCCUCUCCUCUGUUGUACUGAUUCCAGGGUGGAGCCUGGUCAAGCUCUCCCUCAGCACUGGCACUCUCAGACAGCGUUUGUCUCAUCUGAUUCACCCUGAUGAUGACCUCCCCCUGACCCGGAAGCAAAUGGCUGAGCGAGAGCAUGCAAUUUCUGCUACAGAGAUGGAAGAGUUAGUGACCAACCAAAAGUCAAUAAAGUGACAGUAAAAGGUU